AUGAAUGCAUUUACUCAAACACCACGUCGACUAUACGAAACAGAAACAGAUCGAGUGCUUCAAUCAUUGACCGUCAAGCUGGAAAAUCUUGAAAGAGAGUUGCAGAAGCGAAACUCAACAAGGAAUAAAAAUAGCAAAACAAAUGGAAGGCAGCUUGUAAGGCGAGAAGCUUCGGACCAAAACUGGAACAGCAAGCAAAAUAAAAUGCAGAUCGGACCAAAUGGCACGAAGCUAUCGAGUAAAAUGUACUUGAGGAUUGAUUUGACUUCGUAUCGGAAUGCAACACGCGAUUUGUGCUACAUGAUCUUCGGCAGGGAGACACUGGGUACUCAUACUCUAUCUGGCCGGGUGGGACCCGGCGCUGUGCACAACAAUAUGAAAACCAAGGAACAGCUCGAGCCGGAUUUGGUUGAGGAUAUAGUGCAUUAUAUUAUGAGUAAAUUUGAGGUGCAGCAGAAUCAGGUGUUGCAUGCCAUACGCCUGGCUUGCCGUAACUCGGCCAGAACUUUGAUGGAACGGAAGAAGGAUAAGUGA